AGACAUGAGAGUUUGUCGGAUUUUUAUAAGUGACUGUGUCGUUUACGGUUCCGCUACGAUUAGGUUUAACAGUGAUUGUUAAUAGACGAGAACGACCAUUGAUUCUGAUAUUAUCGUUUUCCCAGCUCUCGCUAAACGAACAAACAGCUUGAUCCGUCGAAGCCAAGCUACCUAAUUCCUAUCGAAAGUGGCAAAGCUAGCUAUCCUAAGGUAUCUGAUCAUCAGAUUAGUUGGGAGCUAACCUAGCUGUUCCGCUGUUGUAGAAUUAGCAGCAGCUUAGUGCUUGCUACGCGAAGGAAAUAGUAAAAGAAAAGAUUUCCUGCUCAAAGUCACCAUGAAGCUCUAUAGUUUGAGUGUCCUGCACAAGGGAACGACGAAAGCCAACCUGCUGAAAGCGGCCUUUGAUUUAUCGUCUUUUAGUUUUUUCCAGAGGUCCAGUGUUCAAGAGUUUAUGACGUUCACGAGCGCCCUAAUAGUAGAACGCUCAUCACAUGGAAGUCGUGCUUCUGUCAAGGAGCAAGAGUACCUGUGUCAUGUGUAUGUAAGGAAUGAUUCUCUUAGUGGAGUCGUGAUUGCAGAUAGUGAAUACCCAUCUAGAGUUUGCUUUACUCUUCUUGAUAAGGUGCUGGAUGAUUUCUCUAAGCAAGUGAACAGCAUAGACUGGCCCUCAGGUUCCCCAGCCUCCAUUCAGUAUACUGCUCUGGACGGCUACCUGGCCAAAUAUCAGAAUCCCCGUGAAGCUGACGCCAUGACCAAAGUGCAAGCGGAACUGGAUGAGACAAAAAUUAUUUUGCAUAACACAAUGGAAUCCCUUCUAGAGAGAGGUGAAAAACUGGACGACUUGGUUUCAAAGUCAGAACAUCUUGGAAACCAGUCCAAAGCCUUUUAUAAAACGGCACGAAAGCAGAACUCCUGCUGUGAGAUCAUGUGAUGGUGUCGACGUAUUUCGACGGACUUGACUGUCUGUCCCUGGCCAAUUCUCUUCCAUGUCGCUCUUUUCCUUGUUCCUUUCUCUCUCUCUCUCUCUCUCUCUCUCUUCUCUCUCUCUUCUGGCCUGGCCAGGAUCAUAUAGUACAUAACAGUCAAAGAGAACACUGGGACCUGUAGUGAGCAAAAGGGGGCGGGGCUUGGGGGUGGAGUCAAUGAAAUAUUAUUUUAAAAGAAAGGCAAAAAAAAAAGGUUCAGAAUAGGGGGGAAGGGGGCUGAUUUCCCAGACUGCACCACACUAAACAUUGCUGCUCAUUUUGGAUGUUGGAUGUUGUUUGGGGGCGUUUGGCCGUUUGGGCAGCGUUCGUGCGGACGCCUCCACAGCCUCUGGGUUUCGCCGUAAACUACAGACCGAGGAGCGUGGGGCAUCGCAUGGAGGGCGUGAGGGUACCUCUCCCCGCCGUGCCUUACUUUCAGACGGCUUUUUUUUUCUGGGGGGAGAGAGAGAGAGAGAGUCAGCUUCACUAUGACGAGUCAUGUAGCCUUAUGGACUCUGGAUAUUAUGAGUGAGUUGGCGAGCUCCAAUCAAAACUUUUUUCCCCGCUUGUUAGUUUUGAAUGGAAGCACUUCUUGUAGAACAGAGCAGGGUGAAAUUCUAGUUUUUUUUUUUGUUUUGUUUUUCUGUCCCAAGUGACUAAUUUUAUUGCUAUGAGAUGAAGUGAUUUGUACUAAGUUUGUAAUUGCUCAUAAUUAUUGUGACCUCGUCGCGUGGAAACUAGCUAAAGUAUUAUUGAGGACUCGUUCACUAUUCAUUAUUCGUUUUGAUCAAAACCCAACUGUACGAUGUUUGGGCUUUCAGAUAAAAUGACCAAAAUUCGAAAAAUGAUGUGUUGAGGUUUAACUGACUAUUUUUAAAUUACAGUUCAUAUUCAGGUAAUUUUUUUUCUUUUGCUUUUCUUUAUUUUUUUUUUUUCCAAUAUGACAAUAAAUGUGUACGUAACCUAAACUGUUAUC